CACAAAUGGGGGCUCGUCCGGGAUCUUUUUUGUAAUAUAUGUCCUUGGAUGGUAUUAGGAGAUUACAAAUUGAUCUAUUUUGAUUAUUAGAAUAGAUGAUAAUAGUUGACUAGUUAGAGUUUUAUUUUGAGCACACGUUUUGACAAUUACAUAAUCAAGUUCACAUGGAUAGCAUAUGUUCAGUAGAACAAGUAGUUGAUAAUUUUAUAUCUAGUUUAGAUGAAACUGAGAUAAAUUAUUUAACUGUAGCACGGUUGAAAGAAAUUGCUGAACACGUAGGAUUAGAGUUGGACAUUGGUUUGAAGAAAGCUGAAAUAAAAUCGUUGGUGAUAGAUUUCUUAAGAAAUAUGGCAGAAAGUAAAAUUCAGUUAGAUUCAAAGGUGUAUACUGGUAGGGAAAUUGGUAGUGUUGAACUUGAUAAUGAAGAUAGUUUAGCUAUGUUGAAACUUAAGUUGGACUUUCAGAGAGAACAAUUAAUGUAUGAGAGGGAACAAAGAAAUUUGGAGAGAGAAAAUGAGAGGGAACAAAGAAAUUUGGAGAGAGAAGAUAGAGAAAAACAUAGAGAAUGGGAGACAACACAAAGAUCUCUCGAUAGGGAUAUUAAAAGUAGAGAGUUGGAUAACUAUAGCAAGUUUGAUCCACAAAGAUAUAUUAGGAUGGUUCCUAUUUUUAAUGAAAAUCAAGUUGAUGAAUUUUUUGAUUGUUUUGAAAAGAUAGCUCUUGGGGCUGAAUGGCCAAAACGGUAUUGGUGUUUAUUGUUGCAAUCUGCUUUGAAAGGUAAAGCACAAAUGGCUUAUGCAGCGCUUUCUGUUGAUGAUUCUUCGUCAUAUGACUUAGUUAAAGCUGCUAUUUUAAGAGCUUAUGAAAAGGUGCCUGAGGUGUACCAACAAGAUUUUCGAAAUCUUAGGAUUUCAGGUGGACAAUCUUAUUUAGAGUUUGCCAAAGAAAAAGAAAGGUUAUUUCGGAAAUGGUGUAGUUCAAAGUCUGUGAAUAAUGAUUGUGGGAAAUUAGAAGAACUCAUUCUUAUAGAAGAGUUUAUGAGAGGUUUGCCAUCAGAAGUGGUAAUUCACUUACAGGUUCUUGAACCAAGUACAUUAGCUGAGGCAGCUAUAAUGGCUGAUAAAUUUGUUUUAGCAAACCGUAAACCUGAUUUCAGUAAUAAACCGAAGUCACAAAGUUAUACUUUCAAACAAAGUGGAAGCAGUAGAGAUGGUUCAGUUAGGAAUAAUAAUACACCGCGAGAUAUGGGUAAAUCUCAAGAUCAGAAAAAUUCGGGAUCACUCCAGUGUUUUUAUUGUAAAAGAAUGGGUCACAUUAGACGUGAUUGCCGGAAAUUGAAAUAUGAUCUUGGAAGUGGCAAUCGUUCUGGGCACACACAUUUUGUAUCUCAGUUGUCUGAACCUUUGAAUUCAAAAUGUCAAAUUAAAGAUGCGUUAUCUAGGGUUAAGAAAAGAAAUCCAAGGUUUGAACCAUUUCUGACUUCUGGUCAUGUGGUUACAUCACACGAUGGUGAUGUGAAACAAUCUAUAGUGAUUUUGCGAGAUACUGGUGCUGAACGAACAAUCUUACUUGAAAAAGAAUUGUUAGAUAAGGACAACACAUUUUUGGGCGAGUAUAUUACUUUGUCCACAGUUGAAGGUACUAUAUCUAGUCCGUUACAUACUGUCGAGUUGGAUAGUGAUUUGGUUAAAGGCAGUAUUGUGGUAGCAGCGGUUAGCCAUAUACCAAUUGCGGGUGUAUCAUUAUUGUUAGGGAAUGAUGUAGCUCAGGAAAGGGUUAUUCCUGUACCCAUUAUGACUGAAAUUCCUGAAACUGAUGUUGAAACAGAAAAGUUAUCUGAUGUGAUUGAUAACAUCUUUCCCGCAUGUGUUACAACUCGGUCUCAAAAUAAAGAGUUGCACAGGAAAAUUAGGGUUGAGAAUGAGGUUGCCAAUAAAAAUUGGGAUAUUUCUGAUUUAGGUGAUACUUUUAUUGGUCAUGAUUCUGCGCCCGAAUUAGGUUCAAAUCUGGAAAAUGGUUCAGAUCGGGAAAAAUGUUUUGACCAUGAAGUAGGUAACCCAGAAGAAGAAAAAAUAUUGCAACAGUUACCAGAUGACAAUGAUAGGUUAAUUUUAAAUCUUAACCAUGAUCAGUUUAUUCUUGAGCAACAAGCUGAUAGUGAAUUACAAAUCCUUUCAAAGGAAGUGUUAGAAAAAUCCGAGUUGGAUGAAGAACCAGUUGGCUAUUAUUUCGAAAAUGGUGUUUUAAUGAGAAAGUUUCGAGAUAAACAUUCACAGAAUAAUGAUUGGCAGGUGAUGCAUCAAAUCGUUGUUCCUAAAAGUUGUCGGAAAACUGUUGAGUUUAGCUCAUGAUGGUCCAUUAGCAGGUCAUUCAGGGGUACGUAAAACGUAUCAAAGGAUUUUGAAACAAUUUCAUUGGCCGCAUUUACAUCGUGAUGUUGUUAGGUAUUGUUUAACCUGUAAAACAUGUCAGAUUGUUGGUAAACCCAAUCAAAGUAUUAAACCAGCUAGUUUGAUACCCAUUCCCGCAGUUAAUGAAGCUUUCAGUGAGGUUAUAGUUGAUUGCGUUGGUCCUUUACCUCGCACUGUUCAUGGUAAAGAAUACUUAUUGACCGUUCUUUGUAAAAAUACACGGUUUCCUGAAGUCAUACCUCUGAGCAAUAUUAGAGCUAAAACAGUUGUUGAGGAAUUGAUUAAAAUCUUUACUCGAUAUGGAUUUCCGAAAUUCAUUCAAACUGAUCAAGGUAGCAAUUUCACUUCGAAAUUGUUUCAGCAAGUAAUGGAUGAAUUGGCCAUUAAACAUCAUUUUUCUUCUGCUUAUCAUCCUGAAACCCAAGGUGCGUUGGAACGAUUUCAUGGAACUUUGAAAUCCAUGAUUCGAAA